AUGGGGUGCAGAGUGUUCCUGGCUGUUAUACUGGGUGUUGUCUGUCUACUGUCACACUGCCAAAGUAAGUCCAAUUUCACUCAUUUCAUAUGAGACAGGAAUGUGAAGAGAGAAAGGAAGCAGACUGGGCAGUAUUUUGCUUGCAAGAAUCACUUUUGCAGUGCUAAACAAUACUGCGUUCCAGUAUUCUAUUCCGUAAACCCAUAGCUGCAGACCGCUGCUUUAUAUCAGUUCCCAUUGUUAUUCAAAAAACAACAUUUACUGAAAGGCAUAACCAAAUUAAUUAUAUUGCAUUCAACUACUCUCAUACUUUUUUGGGCAAAACAGACUACUAGACAGCAAUAUUUGUCAUGUUUGUCAUUUUCCUUCUCAACUUCUGUUAUUAAACACAGGCAAACAUUUGCUUCGGUUUUUGACUUUCUGCCAAAAGAACAUCACUAGCAAAUGAGAGUACGACGUGGAGUUUGAUGGAGACGAGCUCUUCUACGUUGACCCCGUGAUCUUCCGGGUAGAGCGGCGACUGUCAGAGUUCGCCCAGCAGUGGACCCUUGACCCAGGACUGCCCCACGAAGUGUACGUGUCCCUCGGAACCUGCAAGUACAACAUCCCCCGCUGCAUUGUGGGAGAAAAGAGCCCGCCGGAGGCCAUAGGUGAUUGCUGUUUCUGCAAAGUCACAUCCCAGCUAGCACAUAAUUAUCUGAGAACCAUAUGUUUCUUAGAAUUUGGUGAGAGCAUGGUUGUCCUAUGGUUAUUUUGCAUACAACCUUACCACAAAUAUCUAGGAAUGGUGCAGGAUAAUUGCUUGGCUUUGGAACGUUCUCAACACAUUUAAGGAACUUGACGAAGUAGUUUGACAUUGGGAAUGAUCUCAAAUGUUCAGUACUUCAGCAUAACGUUUCCUCAUGGUUCUAUUUAAAGUCAUGCUCUCAAAUUGUUCAGAUGUUUAAAAAACCUUCCAUAAAAACCACAAGAAAACGUUAGUAACGUUCAGAGAACGUUCUAAUAAUGUAUUUUAUACAACAUAUACAGUUAAAGUCGGAAGUUUACAAACACCUUAGCCAAACACAUUUAAACUCAGUUUUUCACAAUUCCUGACAUUUAAUCCAAGUAACAAUUCCCUGUUUUAGGUCAGUUAGGAUCACCACUUUAUUUUAAGAAUGUGAAAUGUCAGAAUAAUAGUAGAGAGAAUGAUUUAUUUCAGCUUUUAUUUCUUUCAUCACAUUCCCAGUGGGUCAGAAGUUUACACACACUCAAUUAGUAUUUGGUAGCAUUGCCUUUAAAUUGUUUAUCUUGGGUCAAAUGCUUCAGGUAGCCUCCCACAAGCUUCCCACAAUAAGUUGGGUGAAUUUUGGCCCAUUCCUCCUGACAGAGCUGGUGUAACUGAGUCAGGUUUGUAGGCCUCCUUGCUCGCACACGCUUUUUCAGUUCUGCCCACAAAUUUUCUAUAGGAUUGAGGUCAGGGCUUUGUGAUGGCCACUCCAAUACCUUGACUUUGUUGUCCUUAAGCCAUUUUGCCACAACUUGGGGAAGUAUGCUUGGGGUCAUUGUCCAUUUGCGACCAAGUUUUAACUUCCUGACUGAUGACUUGAGAUGUUGCUUCAAUAUAUCUACAUACAUUUCCUUCUAUUUUGUGAAGUGCACCAGUCCCUCCAGCAGCAAAGCACCCCCACAGCAUGAUGCUGCCACCCCCGUGCUUCACGGUUGGGAUGGUGUUCUUCGGCUUGCAAUCAACCCCCUUUUUCCUCCAACCAUAACGAUGGUCAUUAUAUAAUGUAAUAUAAUAUGCCAUUUAGCAGACGCUUAUAUCCAAAGCGACUUACAAUCAUGUGUGCAUACAUUUUUACGUAUGGGUGGUCCCGGGGAUCGAACCCACUACCCUGGCGUUACAAGCGCCAUGCUCUACCAAUUGAGCUACAGAGGACUACAGUUCUAGUUUUGUUUCAUCAGACCAGAGGACAUUUCUCAAAAAAGUACGAUCUUUGUCCUCAUGUGCAGUUGCAAACCGUAGUCUGGCUUUUUUAUGGCGGUUUUGGAGCAGUGGCUUCUUCCUUGCUGAGUGGCCUUUCAGGUUAUGUCGAUAUAGGACUCGUUUUACUGUGGAUAUAGAUACUUUUGUACCGGUUUCCUCCAGCAUCUUCACAAGGUCCUUUGCUGUUGUUCUGGGAUUGAUUUGCACUUUUCGCACCAAAGUACGUUCAUCUCUAGGAGACAGAACGCGUCUCCUUCCUGAGCGGUAUGACGGCUGCGUGGUCCCAUGAUGUUUAUACUUGCGUACUAUUGUUGUACAGAUGAAUGUGGUACCUUCAGGUGUUUGGAAAUUGCUCCCAAGGAUGAACCAGACUUGUGGAGGUCUACAAUUUCUGUUCUGAGGUCUUGGUUGAUUUCUUUUGAUUUUCCCAUGAUGUCAAGCAAAGAGGCACUGAGUUUGAAGGUAGGCCUUGAAAUACAUCCACAGGUACACCUCCAAUUGACUCAAAUUAUGUAAAUUAGCCUAUCAGAAGCUUCUAAAGCCAUGACAUAAUUUUCUGGAAUUUUCCAAGCUGUUUAAAGGCACAGUCAACUUAGUGUAUGUAAACUUCUGACCAACUGGAAUUGUGAAAUAAUCUGUCUGUAAACAAUUGUUGGAAAGAUUACUUGUGUCAUUCACAAAGUAGAUAUCCUAACCGACUUGCCAAAACUAUAGUUUGUAACAAGACAUUUUUAAAGUGUUUGAAAAACGUGUUUUAACGACUCCAACCUAAGUGUAUGUAAACUUCCAACUUCAACUGUACAUUCUGUUCUCAGCAUCAACAAAACGCUCUAUCCUCUAUCUUGUUAAGUGUGUUCAGAUGUUAUGGCUGUGCCCACUAAUUGGCCACACCUGAUCUUAAUGAGUGCUUGUUUCCUUUGAAAUGGGGUCUGUUUGAAUAGACUAAAAUGAACAGCUUUGUAUAUCUUAGAAAACAUGGCAUGCUAGCUCCAGCCUGGUGGCGCAGUGGACUAGGGUGUCUUUUACAACAAAUUGGUUUGGUGCGUUUACCCCUUAGUUCAGUUCGUUUGGACUGAUGUGAACACUAUCCACACUUGGGAGCGCACUAAACAAUAGACCAAAAAGGGUGGUCUCCGUUCGAUUACAUUUUAUUGGUUAUUUGACUGCUACCAUUUGAUGAAAUUAAUGUAGCAUAAUAACGAAUUGACACUCUCCUCGAUCACUCUACCACUCAUGGGUUUGUGGGUCACCGAGGUGAGAGGACGGAGGAGAGGAGUCUUUUGCCCAAAUUAGAAUCCCCCCCCCCAAUAGAGUCGCCCACCACCCAGAUAUACUCCCAGAGAGAGGUGGAGCUGGGGGUCCCCAACACAAUUCUCUGCCGGGUCAGUGAUUUCCACCCAAUACCCGUGGAUGUGACCUGGACCAGGAACGAGCAGCCGGUGGGAGAGAGGACCGUCAGUCAGACCCAGUACUACUCCAAUAAAGGAUAAAGGAUAUUUUCCUACCUGAGCAUCACACCUCAGGAGGGGGACAUCUACUCCUUCAGUGUGGGUCAUGUCAGCCUGCAGGAACCCCUCACCAGGAUCUGGGGUGAGUCACUGCUGGGGUGACCUUAUAGGGUGUGACACAAAGAAAGGUGGGAUGUUAUUGAUACUGUAUUAGGGACACUAACACAUUAAUUGUUUCUUUACUAUAUGUGUCCACAGAGGUUGAAGUGCACACGGACCACCAGACUGUAGAGACAGCAGUGUGUGUUGGGGGUGUGACUCUAGGAGUGGUGGGAGUAGCAACAGGAGUCUGGUUUAUCAAAAAAGCCAAGAGGUCUGCUUAA